AAGAAGAUAACGCAUCGAAGUCGAAAUCUGCCCCUCCCUCCCUCCUCCUUCCUUUUCAACUUUCUGAUCUUCCAUUUCUGUUUGAUUGCCUUGCCUUGUGUGUCUCCUUGGGUGGAGAGACAAUGCUUCCCAGCAGCUUGCUUUGUUCCAUCCGUCCCAACUUCUCAAGGAAGAAGAAAGGCAACCGGGAUAGCCUGGAAACUGAAGCCAAAGACCUUGACUUUUGGUACUCGGUUACGUUUAACAGAGAUCCGUCUCCGAAUCAAUCGUCCAGAGUCUCUUUAAGAUCUGACAAUUCUCACGUUCCCAGAAACGCAGCAGCGGUGAAGGCGAAGAAGAAAGGAGAAAUGGCGACCAAGGUAUCAAACUUUUCGGAUCUGAUACAGCGAGUUGCAGCUUCUUGUUUGUUGCACCCGCUCGCCGCCGGUCGACAAGAGUCCGGAGAGGUUGACGCCGCGAGUUACGGGGUUAUCGAGGAGAACCCGGAUGAAGAAGAAUAUUACGAGUAUGGUAAUUCAAGUGAGGAUGAAGAGAAAGAAAAUGGUGGGAAAGACGUGGAAAAGUCGAGGAGAAUGACAAGGGUUUGGAACAAUGGAGAGAAAUCGAAGGAAAUGGUGGCGUUAAUGGAGGAGGUUUUCGAGUCGGUCGCCGAAAUGAAGAAGGCUUACGUUAGGUUACAAGACGCGCAUUGUCCUUGGGACCCAGAGAGGAUGAGGGCGGCUGACGUGGCGGUGGUGGGGGAGUUGAGGAGGCUUGGGGUGUUGCGGGAAAGGUUUAGGAGAAGAACACGUGGUGGUGGUGGUGGUGUUGGGAAAGGACACGUAGCUAUGCUGAAGGAAGUGGUGGCGCCGUAUGAGGCGGCGGUGGAGGAGUUGAAGAGGGAAGUGAAGGUGAAGGAGGUGGAGAUUGAGAACUUGAAAGGGAAGCUCAAUACUGUUACUUGCCUUUCCAAUGGUGGAAAGAAAGGGCGGGGUCUCUCCAAGAGGAAAGUCAGCUGCAGUCAAGUAAUUGCAGCAGCACCAGCACCAGCACCAGAGCUGUUUGAGGCCACAAUGAGUCAGGUGAAGGAGGCGUCGAAGUCCUUCACAUCUGUCCUCCUUUCCCUUAUGCGUGAGGCUCGCUGGGACAUUGCCGCCGCUGUCCGAUCAAUAGAAGCUGCCACCGCCACUCCUGAUACUGCCUCCUUUACCACCACCAUCACUCCCUCCGUCGUUGCGAAUCACCACUCCAAGUAUGCGCUUGAGUCGUAUGUUUCACGUAAAACUUUUCAAGGCUUUGACCACGAGACUUUCUACAUGGAUGGCAGCCUCUCGUCGUUGCUUAAUCCUGAUCAGUACCGCCGAGAAUGCUUCACCCAAUAUCGUGACAUGAAGGCAAUGGACCCUGUUGAACUCCUUGGAAUCUUGCCUACAUGUCAUUUUGGUAAGUUCUGCUCCAAGAAGUACCUUGCCAUUGUCCAUCCCAAGAUGGAAGAGUCCUUGUUUGGAGACUUGGAACAGCGCAGCCAGGUUCUGGCUGGAAACCAUCCUAGAAGUCAGUUUUACGGGGAGUUCUUGGGGCUGGCCAAGGCAGUCUGGUUGCUUCAUUUGCUUGCAUUCUCACUUGACCCAUCACCAAGUCAGUUCGAGGCAAGUAGGGGAGCUGAGUUUCAUCCGCACUAUAUGGAAAGCGUUGUCAAAAUUUCAGGUGGGCGGGUGCCUACAGGUCAGAUCGUGGGAUUCCCAGUUAGCCCUGGGUUCAAGCUUGCAAAUGGAUCUGUUGUCAAGGCAAGGGUCUACCUAGUGGCUAGGACUUGAAGUAGUGAUGGUCAGACUUCUUGCAUUUGCUCGGAUAGGUUUUAGGAUUUGCAGAUAGGGUAAUUGGGUUUGGCUUUGUUGUUGUUGUUGUCACUGGACUGUAGAGGAAAUUCCUCCGUCAUUAGGCUACAGAUGUUAGAAUUAUUAGGUCAUUUGCUCUUUGAGAAUUAGGUUUAAAAUCCACGGAUCUUUCAGCCCUGGGUUGCUUGUCCGGUUGGCUUUAUCAGAUCUUAGCCAUUCUGGAAGCGUGUAUUCCAGAGGACUGAAAAUUUAGCUGUAAAAAUUAUGAUGAGAGUUAAUUUUCGAUCAGCUCACUUAA